AUGGUUUUCUCACAGUCGUGCUCUGACGUUGCGGCUUAUGCCACAGCUCCUGCGAACGCGCUGCGCUUAUCUGCUUCUAAAUUGAGAAAAGCACUGACCAAUUCUACGUUGUACUUCGACUCCUCUGGAUACGCCAAUGCAUAUUCAUACCUCAAGCCGUGUGGUAUCUUCUCAACGAUAAAAUUCACAGCCGCAGGUGCAUGUAGAAACUGGGGUCUGUUCAAACUCUUGAUAGCCGCGACACUGUUGCUGAUUUCUUAA